AUGGCUUCUUUCGCCUCUCCGGCCGCCACUGGCACCCAUCUUCAGGUUCCCGGCGCCACCUCCUCAGUCCCCGUGCGACCCAAGUUCAACUCUCACCUCACUUCGGAUCGUCUUCGUGAAGGUGCCGGGCUCUAUCUACCGCGUCUGUUCCAAACACCCAGCAGCAAUAUUCGCAAGGGACGCAUCUCUGUCUUCAAAGAGACGGGCCUCGACGACUUGACUGCUUCCCAAGUUCCUGUUGCUGACAAAUUCCUGGGUGUUGGCACUGCGGUUCGGGAUCGCUCGUAA